AUGAACGAGCGUAACACCGAGAUUGAAGAGCUUCGCCAAACUGGCUCCGAAAACACAACUACUAUCGCCCGCCUUACAAAGCUCAACGCAGCCCUCAAGGAGAAGUUCAGACUCUAUGUUCGCGACUCCACCGCUACCGUGCAGGCCAUGCACGAGGAUAUGGAGCAAGCCGUUCUCUCCGCAUCAGCUAAGAGUGGUGAACUGCGUGAGGUUGGCCGUCGUGUGCUUGAAGAGGUCGAGGCCAUGGACACUGUUUCAGAGAUGGUCACUGUUGCCAGUUCGUCAUCUGCUGCCAACCCUCGUGUUCAGCAUCUCAAGCAAAGCCGUCGCAACCGUCGCCAAUACGACUCUGGCAUCGGUGUUGACGAGGACUCUCUGCUCGAAGAGUAA